UCCAGGCUACUGUUGCCAAUAUAAACAUAUUUCUUAUGAAACCAUGUUUUUUUUCCUUCUCUGUCACUGUUCAAAUACUGUUUCUGUAUGCUCUGUGUUGCCCUAACAACCUGGCACAGCCACCAGUGCUCAAUUAGUCAUGGACUUAAAGAAAAAAAACAAGAUUUUUCAAAUGAGCAAACGCACAACAUUAACGUGUUUCGAUAGAGAACUUUUAGGGGGAAGAGCAUAUUCAAAGCUGCAAGUGAACUGAGCUCAUACUGCAAUGUGUAAGUUGAGAUUCCCAGCUGUGCUGUCCAUAAAUACACCAUAAAGCGUUCGAUUACUCGCUCCCUUGCACUGCAGUUGUGGUCAGAGCUGAUAGGCUGCGUAGCAUUCUGGUCACAGUUGGGAGUCUUACAAGCUACAUCCUGCACAAGACCAGCACUGCUGCCUGCUGGGAUUUCACAAAGCAUGGAGGUCAGGAGCAAUAGGAGGCAAGCAUGCAAGACGAAGGGAAAACAAGCGUUUCUUCACAGAGAGUGACACUGAAAGGAAAGAGAAAAUUCAGCUGGGAGGGAACUUUUGUUCCAACAUAAUUCCCUGCAGGGUUGCCAAGGUCUUUCAAGUUGGAGUUCUCUUUCUCUAGCCUGUUAAUCCACGGCUCGGUGCAGAAAAUAACAUGGGAAACAACUUUCUCACAUGGAUUCUUUUGCUUUGCACAUUUUGUUCAGUGUCAGGUGAAGGCUGCUCCCUAAUCCUCAAGCCGUCCAGGGUCGUGGUGGGCUUUGGGGAGUCAGUGUCUGUCAGCUGCGAGGCUGCACGCCCUGUCCGUGUCCUGGGCUGGGAGUCAGCCAUCAGUGCUUCACACACACAAGAGGACCGGUCUGUCCAGUGGAAGGUGGACAGUCUCAUUGACUGGAUAGAGGAGCCCAUCUGUUAUGGGGUGUUUUUCACAGCUCCGAAACAAUGCGAGGAGAAGCUCAACCUCGUGCUCUACAAAACUCCAGACAGCGUCUCCAUCAGACAGGUGAACCACACCGGCCCCAUGGUGGCAGGGAAAGAGUACCAGCUGCUCUGCGAAGUUCAGAAUAUUGCUCCCGUUCAGUAUCUCAGCCUGAGGUGGUACAGAGGGCAGACUGAGGUUUAUAACCACUCCUUCUCUGAUCUCACCUCUUCCUCACCUGUCCAAGUAUCCUCUAUCCUUGUUAUCACACCAACUAAAGCUGAGAAUGGAGUGCAGUAUAAGUGUGUUGCAGAGCUGGAGCUUGGGCCAGAAGGACCACAGCCACCUCCUACUGUUUCCUCAGAACCUCUCAAUGCUUCUGUUUAUUUUCCCCCGACAUUCCUGAGUCCUGAACCAGAGAUUUUGGAUUCUAUACCGGGGGGUGAAAUCAUAUUAAACUGCACUGCAACAGGAAACCCCACCCCAAUAUACAGCUGGCAAUCCUCCGUUCCCAUGCAGGAGAGGGUGGAGAAUGAAGCAACUGUAACCUCCUCCUCGCUGCUCCCAGGGACCUACACCUGCACUGCAUCCAAUACACUGGAAAAGAAAAGCAAGCAGUUCAUUGUCAAGGCAAAGACCAAAGGCGUUUGAAACAACCACUAUGGAGAGGGGAUCAGACGACCACAUCAGAAACACAGCGAGAAGUUUAUCUUUUUUACAGGUUUUUUUUUCUGGUGUUUUUGUUUUGUUUUGUUUUUUUACUUUCACAUUUGCUACUCUGGCGAUGGAGGUGCAUAUUUAUGAGACGAUCUUCUUAUCAUCCAGAAUUAGUUCUGAAUAUGCUGUGCUUGGUAAUUACCAUUUAAUUUGUCAGUGUUGUUUUAGGAUGUAGUUCACAUUUUAUGAGACAUUCUGUGUCUAAUUUAUAUUUGGAUAGGCCCUUUUUUCCUAUUAAUGAAACUAUCGUGUAACACUACAGAAGUGUAGCUACUCAUCAUAGCAGUAUGACUAGCAGCAGGACAUGGCUGUAAAUAUGAAGUCUUCGUUUUCUCAUCUUUAUCAAUACAAGUUUAAUAAAUGAAUUGUAAUAAACUUCUUUCAUGG